AUUUUUUUCUGGAUCCAACAACCAGGCUGGCAGGGGUCCCGCGUUCAGGGGCAAGACUUGUUGCUUGCCAAAAACGGAAAGGGAGACGACUCGAGCAGUUGAAGUCUGACGCCCUGCUUGCUCGUCUCAUCGCUCAUUGACGGGCGCCACUUGCGCAGUAUCAAUAUCGUCGACGACCUCGCCUCCCAUUUAAGGAGGAGCUGCUUCGACGGGAGAUGAUCGUUACACACAAGAAUAACCGGCUUUUUCCGGUAAUCAUUAUCACAAUAUGUCUCUGGGCGGUAUACCGUCUCGUCGACCCGACGGUGAACAACUUCAGCAAUGCGCUCUCGAGAUGGAACUCGGACCAGCACAGCGACACGGGGUCCCCCUCACCGUCAGAACCGGAGACGGCUUCUCCUUCUACGUGGUCGGAUCCAACUUCGCCAGCACCAGGGUCUGCGUCGGCGACAGAGACUGCGGGGGGCCUAAGGGCCGAUGAGCACCCCGUUUACGGCAACCUGUCAGCCAACGAUGUGCUUCUGAUCUUGAAGACGGGCAGCACAUCCAUGUGGAAACGACUUCUUAUCCAUCUGGCAACGACCUUAUCCCCUUCCCGGGUCCCGCCAGAGAAUGUCGCGGUCUAUUCUGACCACCCGGAAAGAAUCGGCAACCUCGACAUCAUCGACGCCUUGGCGAACGUCUCUGCGGCCACCAAGGCCCUGCCCGACUUUGACGUAUACCAUCAGAAUCCCGAAUAUGCGGGCCACAAUGUGUACGUCGAGGCUGCCGGAGUCGACGGCGACAACUACGGCCCGCCGGGGGGCUGGAUCAUCGACAAGUACAAAUUCGUGCCCCUGAUGCAACAUGCCGGAGAAAACUGGCCCGAGGCCAAGUGGUACAUCUACAUGGAGGACGACGCCUAUCUCUUCCUGCCCAGUGUGCUCAGCUACCUGUCGGCCUUUGACUGGCGCGAGCCGCAUUACCUCGGGAGCUACGCGGCCAAGUCCGACAUUGUCUUUGCCCACGGCGGCGCCGGAUUUGCGCUCUCCCGCGGUGCCUGGGAUAAGACUUUUGGCCUCAACCCGAACUUGUCCGCCGAGUACGAGGAUUACACGGCCAGCCACUGUUGUGGCGACCAGGUGCUCGGCCAUGCUCUGAACACGUACGGAGUGCGGUUCGGGGAGAACGGGGGCGACGAGAAGUUCACUUGGGGCUUCAACCCGGUCGUGCACUGGCGGUUCGGUUUCAGCAGGUGGAACUGGUGCAGCCCCCUCAUGUCGUGGCAUAAGGUCCAUAACCGGGACGUUGCGCGUUACUUCGACUUUGAGAGUGCGUGGGACUUCAGGAAACCGCUUUUCCACCGCGACUUUUUCAUGGCCAUGAUUGCUCCCAACCUUCGGAAGAGGGCUGAAUGGUGGGAUAACCAGUCUGGUUUGCUCAGGGUCACGUCAGCGAACAAGGCGUCUCCCCCCACUCCCGAAACGGACUUCGACAUGGCACUAUGGAACAAUGCAUGGGAGUCUGCAGAUGCGUGCGAAGCGGCCUGCGAAUCCUGGGUCUCGUGUGUCCAAUGGAGUUAUGUCGAAGAUCUGUGCAGUAUGGACGACAAGGUCAUGAUGGGUCAAGGCUAUGCCCCGGCCAUGUCGGAACGGAAAACUGCCCUGAAAACAACAAGUGGCUGGCUCAUAGAGAGACUCGAUGAAUGGAAGUGUGAAUAAAGCAUUAAUUAAAUAAUUAAGUGAGAAAUAUCGAACCGGGUUUUUUUCUUUAUUUUCUUUUUAGGAUGGGAAUGUAUG